AUGGUAACGGUUGCAAUGGGCUUCACAUCAUUGACGAUGGCUGAUCCAAUUCUGAGUCUUUCGGCCCAGAUUUCGAGUUCAACAGUGUCGAUGGCAGAUCAAACGCAACGAGUUUCGAUUAGAGAUGAUGUUUUUGGUGUUUGGAAACGAUCCUGUUUCCAUCAAGUCUCUCUGACAGUGGAGAUGAAGUAUUUAUUGUUCGUCAGAUUGGGGUGGUUCUCUUUUGUUACCCAAUUCGAACGUGCCAUCUCCGUGAAGGGUCAAGUGACUAUCCACGAUGCCCAACUUCUCCGGCACCAAUCUGGUGAAGGGAUUGAAUUUAAGAUUCGGAAAGUAUUGUGGUGCAUUGGUCGACGAAUUUGGGAUCCAGGAAAAUCAGUUUUAUGGAGGAAGUUACAGAAUAAGAAGAUGAUGUUCACUCACUUCUGGCCAUUGGAGUAUGAUGGACAAGACUUCAACACCAAAGGUAACAGAUGA